UUUUUUUUUUUGUGGACCCAAUUCCUUCAAAGUUCAACAGGUCUGAUUCUCUUCUCUUAAAUGCCAAUGUUGAUAGUGAUAUCUAAAGAGAAACCCAAUAUCCAAUAGCAUACGUCACACAAGCGGUCAUCGCAAAAUUAUCUAAUUACCAAGGCAGGCAACCAAUUUAUAAUGUUCUGCAUUUAUAAUUUCCCCUGUCUAUAAAUACGCAUAUCUUGUAAGACCGGUAUAUCAGUACUCAAAAGCGAUUCGUUUACCGCUGUCAUAAAUUUGACUAGAAAAUAGACAAAAAAAAAAAUAAAUAAAAAUCAUUAAACUAUGCCUUCGGUGUGUAAAUUUACGCUGGACCAUCCAAAUGCCGUUUACUACUGCGGUCAGACCAUUAAUGGAACCAUUAGCCUGACUACGACCUCGGAGAAAAAUAUUCGACAUGCCAGCAUUAUAUUCCUGGGCGAGGGCAAGGUAAAGUGGGAGGAGUCAACAACGUCUACGGAUGCCAAAGGCGUUGCUAUAACGACUACGAUUUACUACAGUUCUCAUGAAGUUUACAUCAGCAAUAGGACAACCGUACGCGGCCAGGGCACCUUACCCGUGGGCGUGCACACCUACACGUUUAGGAUUAAAGUACCCAUGGACUGUCCCACGUCCUGUGAGGGACGGUAUGGGCACAUUCGUUAUGCUAUUUCGUUAAAAUUAAAUCGUGUAUUACGUUUUGAUAAUACCUAUUACAAACCACUAACUGUCUUAAAAAGGGUCGAUUUGAACAAAUAUCCCACUUUCAAGCUUCCUCUUUUGACUGAACAAAAUGCAAGUUUAUGUUGUUGGCCCUGUAAUAGUGGCAAAUUAUUGUAUUCCCUGCAAACACCAUUUGGUGCCUACACUCCCGGACAAACAAUCAAGUUCUCGCUUGGCAUACACAAUAAUUCGAUGGUGGACACCAAGGGUUACCACGUGGAUUUUAUACAGAAAAUGACAUUCACAGCCCAUUCACCCAACCGCAGUCAUCAGUAUGAGAGACGUAUUUUAGUCAGGAAAAUCUCAACGGAUAUAUGUCGUCGUCUGACCAAUUGCAUAUUUAAUGGUGAACUCCGUGUACCCUCUGUGCCGCCCACAACUGAACCAGCUAAUAUUAUUUAUAUCGAGUACAAAUUGAAGGCAACAAUAAUAAUGACCGGUUGUCACAAAUCCAGGGAUGUAUCCGUACCCAUAUUUAUUGGCAACAUACCAUUGCUAGAAAGUUUACCCAGCAAUGCUGAGAGAAUGGAAAUGCCACCAAGUGCUCCAAAAAUGGCGACAGCAGAGGAAAAUUUAAAUCCAGAAAUGCCACCCAACUACACUGAUAUAAAACCACCUUCAUAUCGAGAGGCUAUGCAAAGUGAUACCCCCUUCGUGGACAAUGACGUCGAUAAACAUCAUCGUGUGGUUGGCUUUAAGCCUCUUUACCCGAUGUAUUCUUAGUAAUUAGAGUAAUUAGGAACAAAAUUUAAAAAAAAAAAAUGCCGAUUGAAGUUAAAUUAGUU